AUGGCCACAUCUGUCGAAGGUGGAGGCGUGUGGACAACUCAGAAAGAUAUUGUGUUGUGUGAGUGUUGGGUGAAAGUUAGUCAUUGCCUAGUCACGGGCAAUGAGAUGAAGUUCUGUCAUAUGUGGAGAAAAAUUCAUGGAGAAUUUGCUGAAAGAUCAGGUUCACCUCGAACAGAAAUGGCCUUGGCCAGUAGGUGGAAAUUUUUAAAUAAACAAUUAGGGAAAUGGAGAGAUUCCUUGGCAAAAGCGAGGGACAACAUUCGAAGCGAUCAAAAUCUUACCGAUGAGAUCCUACAAGCACAAAUGUGGUUCGGUACCAUGAGGCAAAGCAAAAAAAGUUUCCUGAGUCACCAAUGUUGGGAAGUUGUGAAGAAUUGUUCGAGAUUCAAAAUUAUUUUCAACGGUCCGCCGGUUGUGUUGAAUGAGACACCGCUCCAUGAUUCGCUGGCAACCGAUUCGCCAUUGGACUUCCCAAUGGAUCAAGACACACCACUCCCACGUGUGCUGAGACCUAUUGGGAGAAAGGCGGCAAAGGCCAAGAAAGGGAGCACUUCGAGCAAUGAAUGUGCACAAUUUUUGGAGCAAAUAGUUAAGAACGGCGCACUGAGAAUUGAGAGAGACUUGAAAAGAGAAUAA